UUUCUUCUCCCUCUAUUGAGUCACCUUUCCUACUUCCCCCCCCGCGUUCAAUACUUUCAUUUUGUAUUCCCGUCCUACCAGCAUUACAUUCACUGCCAUGUGGAGCUCGAAGCUUCGAGUCCCCCUUUUGCGGCGGAUUCAAGCGCCUCCCCGAGCUUUCGCCAGCUCCUUCACCAGGGGACGGCCAAGUCCGCGAGGACCCAGGAAUUCCAUACGAAGACCAGAGCCUAUUCGAAGAGAUCCGACGCCCUCGAAUACAGAAGUCAGCAAUACCAGCGCCCCAGUUCCAAACUAUGAUCCGUCACAGAACACACUACUCUCUCCCGUCUACAUCCCGGAAGACCCGAAUGGUGUCCUGAAGGAGUCGCAUCCGGCAACGGGAAUCCUCGCAAACUCAGGAGUGGUUGUGCAGCGGCAACUGGAGUUGAUGAAUGUUAUGAUUGGGUUCGAACAAGCUAAUAAGUACGUAAUCAUGGAUGCCGCAGGGAAUCACAUUGGAUACAUGGCAGAGCAGGAGAGAGGAAUGGCGAAUAUGAUGGCGCGGCAAUGGUUUCGCACCCAUCGGAGUUUUGUGACCCAUGUUUUUGACAGGCACGAGAAUGAAGUCCUUCGGUUUCACCGUCCCUUUUCGUGGAUCAGCUCUCGAAUCCGAGUAUACGACCCUCUUGAUACCGCUAAUCAUAUCUACUCACAAUCCACCGCUCUUCAGACCAGUGCUCCCGCAUCACUCGUUCAGGCAACUGGAACCUCAAACGCCCGCAUAUCGCCGCUUGGAUUUGAUGAGAUGCGAGUAAUUGGAGAGGCCCAGCAGCAGUGGGCGCCUUUACGACGCAAAUACAACCUUUUUACCUACCAUAAUUCUCCAAACCCAGCAACCGAGAUGGGCACUCAGCGGAUACCUUUGGCACAAACUGGCAUGUCCAGCGCACAGCAGAGACAGAUAGCUCGGGCUAUCGGAGGUAAUGAUGAGACCGGCGAAUUCAAUCAAUUUGCCUUUGUCGAUGAGGCCUUCUUAUCCUGGGACUUCGCCCUGCGCUCUGCUGAUAGCCGACUGAUCGGCUCCGUCAAUCGUGACUUUUCUGGAUUCGCCCGCGAAAUCUUCACGGAUACCGGCGUAUAUGCUCUGCGUAUGGACUCCGCUGCUCUCCAACCUGCAGAAACCGCCAACCAGGGCACUGGGAUUACUGGAAUGACCUUGGACCAACGUGCAGUUAUGUUGGCGACUGCCGUCAGUAUUGAUUUCGACUACUUCAGUCGCCAUAGCGGUGCCGGUGGCAUGGGCUUUCUCCCCGUCUGGAUACCCGGCGUUGGCGGAGAAGUUGCUGCAGGCGGUGCUGCCGCUGGAGAGGCCGGAGCCGUGGGAGAAGCGGCUGCGGGCACCCUCGGGAGAGCUGGAGUCGCGGGAGGAAUGGCGGAGGGAGCUGCUGCAGGUGCAGCCGGUGCUGGUGCGAUAGCCGGGUAUGAUGCUCUAUCAAGGAACAUAACCGGUGAAGGGAAUGCACAGGCAAACGCGUCGGAUCCGUAUCAACCUCCAGUGGAUCAAAACUCUCCAGAUCGCAGCCAGACCGGCCCUUAUGGAGAUCCUUGGGCGCCAGAGUCCGAAGAAGAUCGCUGGUCAGAAGAGCCAUGGGAAGAAGAUGAGCCUGAGGAUGGGGAGGGCGACGGGGGAGACGAUUGGUUUUAGUUGUACCGUGGGGCAGCUUUGGUGAGGGUUCUGGAUAGAACACAAGCUUGCUGUCAGCAGGCCUUGACGAGAAACACGAUUUUUUGUAUAUAAUAAUGUAGCAAAUAGAACCCAUCGAUUAUUCCG